AUGUACUGCUGGGGAGGAUCCAGUAUUUCUAGUGGAGAUGGCCGGGCUGGGGUGGAGGCAAACUUUAAAGAAGUUAUUUAUCUCAACAAUAUUUCCUUCUCAAAAGAGAAUGGGUUUGACAGCAGGGACGGGAACGAGUGGAGCUAUGAAGGAGAUCAUGGCCCAAGUCAUUGGCACGCGGUGUAUCCCACGUGCGGGGGAGACAAUCAGUCCCCCGUCCAUAUAGAGACUCACAAAGUGUUUGUGGACCGGAAGUUAACAGAGUUUGAGAUGGAAGGGUACGACCAAAUCCAGAAUGUCAACAUGAGUCUAACAAACAACGGACAUACAAUCCAAGUAGACCUGUUGGGUGCCCAGCCCCUGUUAAGAGGAGGCGGUUUGUCUGAGGAUUUUAAGGUGGCUCAGUUCCACUUCCACUGGGGAGCUACAGACGAUAGGGGAUCAGAACACGCCCUGGACACCAGACGCUAUCCAAUGGAGAUGCAUAUCGUCCACCAUUCUACACACUACACCGAUGUUUCUCAGGCCAUGGACAAAGCCAACGGACUGAAAGUUCUGGGAUUCUUUUUUGAGAUCGGAGAGGAGAAUCCACAGUUUGAGAAGAUCAUUUCCCAUUUCAAAGAGAUUGCCCAUAAAGACGACCACGUGGAGAUAUCUGCUAUCCCCCUGCGUUCCCUCCUCCCCUCUGACCUCAGUACGUACUACCGAUAUCUAGGCAGCCUGACCACUCCUCCCUGUUAUGAAACCGUCAUCUGGACAUUGUUUAAAGAGACAAUCAAAGUCUCUAGGAGACAGCUUGAAAUUUUCCGCCAUGAUGUGAAACAGAACUAUCCCACGGAACCGGAUAAAGAUUUAGCAGACGACUUCCGGCCAAUCCAGCCUCUGAAUCACAGAAUUAUAUAUACCAGUAACAUUAAUGGAAUAAAUCAGAAAUCCCCGAGUUCUGAUCCACAGAAUUCUUCCACUGUGGCCAAUUUCUCCGUGCUGAAUGGUUUUGUUCUAGUUUUGUUAGCUAUAUUCUUUAUCUAAAAUGAUUUUUAUGAUUUAUAAUUUAAUUACAAUGUACAUGUUAAGUCAUAAGGAAAACACAUAGCCUUUCUAACAUUUACUUAAUUGUCAUAGCUGAUAAAAACGCCAAUCUGAUGGUUUAGCAAAAAUGCUGUGUGCAUGUUCUAAAUUAAACUUCCCUUAAUUAAACUAUAGCGUCGUUGUACGUGAAAUAACGUGAUCCAUUUCUUUUCUGUGUCAUAGCAAUCGGUUUUCAUUACAUGGCUAGCCAUUCAGAUGUCCUUUUGUAAUAAAAUCCCAUGUCCCAACUGUGAUAUUCAUGAUUUUUCUUGUUUUCAUUUUUCGUUUUUCUAUAAUAUAAUGAUAUGAAGUAUUGUUUAUUUUUCUACACGAGGAUGACUGAAUCACUUAGUAUAAUCUGCUUGAUUUGAUGAAAUAUU